AGUGGGAGGGUAUGAGGGGGCUGUCAAAUGCAGCCAAGGGUGUCCUCCGUGGAGAGGUUGCCUUCGCAUCAUGAAACAUCAUUGAGGUCGCAACAAGAAAUGCCUCAGUCCACAUACGAAGACCACACAUACGAAGUUGCCGUUAAGAUGCUUCACCUGCACUUAUGAUGACGUCGGUCAAGGUCGUGGAAAUCGCUUGCACAGAUAUUCUACACUGCAUUAACUUCAGAUAUUCCGAGCUAUUCUAAAAUUUUACUUUAUGGCGCGCCAUGGAUACACUUGGAUAACUCUUUAAAAAAAUACUUCCCAGACGUUUGGCGGCUGGUUCUUCAUUUGUUAAACUGUGUUAAACGUUUUUUAUCCGUGGAAUAUAUUUUUAUUGUUAAGUGUUUUUUGUAAGUGAAGUUGCGAUGGCAGUUGUGGUGUACCUGCUGCUGGCUUUCGCUUUUCCUGGAUGUAUGUCUGCGGGUGGAUACGGUCCCAGAUACGGUCAGCUGGCAGACUAUGGUCAGCUCAGGUCCGUGGCUCAGAAUGGACUACGCGCAGCCAGCAGGCACAGGAACUGGUGUGCCUACGUUGUGACGAAGACCAUCAGCUGUGUGAUGGAGGAUGGCGUGGAGACCUACGUGAAGCCGGACUACCAGCGUUGUGCUUAUGGCCAGUGCUCCCGCGUGGUGGCAUACCGGACGUACCGAAGGCCAAAAUACAAGGUGGCCUACAGGAUGGCGACAGAAAUGGAAUGGAAGUGUUGUCAUGGAUACUCUGGUGAUGAUUGCAGCGACGGCCCCAGUGGAGGGACGGAGGUCCAGACUGGGGGGGGGGGGACGCAUCCUUCCCAGACGGGCCAUGGGACAGAAGGUGGACAGCAAGGGGGAGAAGGGAGAGGAGACAGUGACAAAAUGAGACAGCUCGAGGAGAAGAUUGAGAGUUUGACCAAGGACCUCUACAACCUGCAGUCCACUAUGCACGGCAUGAGCGAGCGACUGCACGAGGAGUCCCGUCGUGGAGGGCAGAGCGGUGGCAGGAACCCCGCCGACGCAGCCCAGCCUCUCAUCAAGGAGACCAUCCACAGCAUCCAGGCCAAGCUGGACCAUCUGGACAACAUGACCCGCGUCCACGACCGCACCCUCACAGACAUCAACAACCACCUGGUCAACGGCAACGGGGGCGGCAACGAGCUGGACAGCGGCAGCGAUCGCUACAGCACGCUGAAGGAGGAGAUCCUGCGGGAGCUGGAGGAGCGGGUGGCCCUGUCGUGCUCGGCGUGCCACGCCGGCGUGGACGAGCUCAGGCGGCAGCAGCAGGAAGACCGCGAGCGGAUCCGGGCGCUGGAGAAGCUCGUGAGCUCCAUGGACCAGCACCACCGCCAGUCGCUGGACAUCAUCCGGCAGCAGGUGAUGCGCUCCCAGGGCUGCUGCGACUCUCUGGACGAUCUGGAGCGCCGGCUGGACGGCGUGGAGCGGAAGGUGAGCUCGACGUCGGAGUCGUACGACAUUCUCCGCACCCGGUUCGACAAAGAGCUGAACAGGACGAAUGGAAAUGGUGGGAGAGGUUCAAAGGUCACGGAGGACAAGCUGAACACUCGGCUGAGGGACCUGGAGCGGCGGAUUAACGGAACAGUGAAAAAGGCCGAGCAGAAGUGCUCCCAGACGGAGAACAAUCUGAGGAACUCUCUUCAGAAAGAACUCGGGAACACCAGGAACAUUUACAACAGCCGUCUGGAUGAGCACCAUUCCAGAAUAGGUAGGGUGGAGGCAGACGUGCGGUAUUUGCAGGACACCGUUUAUGACCACAGUGGACGCUUGAACCACCUGGAUAACAUAACAUCCAUAAUGACCAGCAAACUAACGUCAGCGGUCAGCUUGUGCACGGAAUCCUGUGGUCCACAGGGCAGAGGCCGCCAGACGGAAGAUAGCGUAAAGACCCUGCAGUGGAGGGUCAUUGCCAACGAGAAGGACAUCAAGACGUUCGACACUCGACUUAAGGAUCUCUCCAUGUCCGGGGAUUCGCUCAUGGACCGCGUCAAGGACCUCAGCCGUGAUGUGAAUCGCAUCAAAACCCUGACCGGGGACAACGGCGAACACUUCAACAGGAUUGUGAACGAGGUGGAGGACCUGGCGCGCAGCAUGGAGGACUGCAGUGUCUGCAGCUCGGUGCAGAGGGACCUGCAAGCCUUCAAGAACGCCACCAAUGACGCCCUGGUGAGGUGGCAGGGUGAGGUCACCAGUCUGAGGAAUAGAGUGGACAAUGAUGAGAGCACCUGCUCUCAGGUGUGCUCCAACCUGCAGGAGGAAGUGGGGAAGCUGAAAGAGGACGUGGAGAAGUGUCGCGGACAGUGCCGUACGGCCAUCACUGACCUCAACGCCCGUAAAACGGACAUGGACGGACAUCACGUCGUCACUGGAAAUCUAGGCAAGGACCUCAGGUCCAUUCAAGGAGAAAUUUCUGGAUUCAUCCAGACUUUUAGCUCCAUCAAUGACACACUGAAAGGGCUCGGCCGCACUGUCCACAAGCAUGAUGGUACCAUCACUGACCUGGGCAACACCAAGAACCAGAUCGUCACAGAGAUUAACAGGUUGCAGGAGGACCUGGACGAUCACAUUGAGGACAGCAAGGUGCGUUUCGACAAUUUGGGCGAUGAUAUUAAGCGCUUUGGCAGCAACCUGGUCGUGGAAAUGGAGGACUGUCGACGCUCCAAGGAAGGACUGGACAAGAGGAUCACCAAAAUGGAGGACAUGUGCGGCCGCCUGGACAUGGUCUCGGACAGCAUACAGAAGAUCAAGGACGGGCUGAACAAACAUGUCUCGGGGUUGUGGGAGUGUGUCAAUGGGCUCAACGCCACUGUGAUCUCCCAUGGCGAGACCAUCGACAUUCACAGCGUAGACCUGGAGAACAUCCAUGACCAGAUCCAUGGCCUCAACUCCUCCAUACUCCGUAUCCUUGACGACGUCCAGGACUUCACCCAUCAGGACUUUGUUGGACCCCCUGGACCUCCAGGCCCACAGGGGGAGAGAGGGUACCAGGGGCUCCCUGGGCAGAGAGGUCUUCCGGGACGUGAGGGACCUCAGGGCAAACAAGGCCUAAAAGGGCCGAUGGGACCACCAGGCCUGAGGGGAGAGGAAGGUCCACCUGGACAGGAUGCACAUGUGCCCAGGCUGUCGUUCUCUGCUGCCCUCACGCGACCUCAGACUACUUCUGGCACCAUCAUUUUCGAUAAGACUCUGGUCAAUGAGAGACGAGCAUAUAACCCAAGAAGUGGUAUGUUCACAGCACCUGUGAAGGGCAGGUACUUCUUCAGCGCCAUCCUGACGGGUCACAAGAAUGUGAAGAUCGAGGCUGUGCUCUCCAAGUCCAACUUUGGCAUCGCCCGUGGCGACUCGGCGGGCUACCAGCCCGAGGGCCUGGAGAAGCCAAUGGCCGAGACGCGCCUCAUUCCCGGGUCGUUGGUGGUCUUCAACAUCAUCCUGCCCCUGGAGGCCGGUGACACCGUCUGCAUUGACCUGGUCACCGGCAAACUGGCCCACUCUGUGGAGCCUCUCACUAUCUUCAGUGGAGUUCUGCUGUACGAGGAGAAAGACAUCUGAUGACAGGACGUCAUGAGGGGGAAAAAAACAACAAUCCCUAGACAGAAAUAUAUAUUAAACUUCAGAGGUGAUGUUGAAUAUGGGAGCACUAUCUUGGUUGUCAUGGAUACCCAGAGUUGACUGUAAAUGAAUUUCAGAAUGGUGUGAUGGGAGGAGGGAAGACAUUUUUUGACUGCUAGGACCCCCUAAUAGAAGACAGGUUCAGACCUUUUUUGGAAAAAAGAAAAAAACAGGAAUGAAAAAAGUAUCUUUUCUGAAGUCCGUGUGAUGAUUAAGACACAUUUCAAAGAAUGUAUGUACUGUAAUCAUGUGUGGUUUAUGGAAGAAUUGAUGGUUUACAUUAGUUUUUUUCCCCCAAGCAAUACUGCCCUCCUUUGGAGACUUGCUGUGCAGCAAAAAAAAAAAUACCACUUGCGAUUUGUCCUCCUGACUGACUGAUUCAUCAGACACUGUCGACCGUUGGGCUGGGCGUCGCAAUCUGGCCUUGAGGUCCCUCCAACACACGCCUCCCCAGCGGGCCUUGCUGCAGAACGUGUUGCCUUUGAAGCUGGUACAUGUCAAGGUUCAAAGCCAAUCUGGGGGAAGAGCCUUCUAUUUUUUUGUUUUGUUUAACAAGGAUGGAACACAAGAUUUGUACAAGGAACACUGCUUACUGGCCUACAAUUGAAACAAAGGACAAAAGAAACUGCAGUACCUAUCUUGGUCUGCUUUUGUUAUCAUUGCACCUUUUCUAUUUUCUUUUUCCUUUUCCAUGUUAGCCUUGUUUACUUCCCUUCCCCCCAUCCAUAUUUGGCCAAGGCUAGACUGUAGAGGUGACAUCUGUUGAGUAAAAAUGACAACCAGGAACAAAAUAAUAGAUGCUCUGAGGUUUUUUGUGCCUUAAAAGACAAAACUGAGAACACUGAGAACUGAGACCCAGACGGCUUUUUAAGCAUUCCACCGUCGACCAAACUGCCAAAGGCUACAAGGAAGGAUCUUGUUCUGAAGCCAGCUGAGAGAGUCCUUUUAAGGAUCAACUGUAAAAGUGUUGUUAUGUAACUGUUACCAAGUUCUCCACUGACAAUUAUAUUUCAUAUGCCCCCCAUCAAAUAAGUCUCAGAUUUAGCUAAAUAUAAGGGCUUCUGCCUUGUUGUUUGCAAAACCCUACCUCUGAGAAUGAAAAUGCCUAGUGCUCUCUCUCUCUGCCUGGCAUUUGCUUUCAUGGAGAAGAGAGCUAAUAGCUGUGUUGAAAGGAUACUUUUGUUAGAGGGAAGUCAAUUAACUACAUUACUCUGUGUAACAUACAUAUGUUUGAAGUGGUCUUAUGAGAAACUUUUAAAGCCAUUUUUUUUUCAGCUUUUAAAAUUGCCUUAAUGUAAUAUUUCCAUUUUUUGUGGACGUUUAAACCUCAACACUUCACACAAUGCAAUCUUUUUUAUGAGACGCGCAAUCCAAAUAGUCUGUAAAUGUUUUGUAUAUUUUUUGCAGCAUUUUCUAUGACACACCAACACCAAGAGUAUCAUGCUACAAAGAAUGUGUAUGUUUGCUAUGAGAGUGGUUCCAAUAAAUAUAUUUAAUUUUACACAA